UUUUUCGGCUUAAAAACUCUUAAAUUUGCUUAGAAUUAAGACAAAAAUAAUAGUGGCAAGGGUUUUCCAUAUAAAUAGGCCUAAUUUUAUUUUUAUUUCGACUUCAAAUUACAUAUGUUUCCUAAAUUCUUUUAAUGGCGGCGACGAUAUGACAAAAUAUCUCAGGAUAAAUUUGUGACACAAACGUUUCAAAAAUUGGCAGCAUUUGCUUAACUUAACUUGAAAAUGGAGUUUAGGUCCACUAAAUAGUGGUCGACAAAAAAGUUCACGACACCUACCAUUAUUCCAAUGCAAAAAAUUGCUUUCUUAUUUCUAGCUGAAGUAAACUUAAACCGUCCCACAAGGAAACUUCUUAUAUAUAUAUAUAUAUAGAGUUUUCAGUUUUAUGCAAAAAAAAAGUUAACGAGUCAAAAUGUAGUCUGAAUUAAAUCCUGGCCUUCUAACCAUCUUAAACAUGUUCGCGAAUAUACACACUGCUCAACAAAAAAAAACAUCACGUCAGCUUUUGGUACCAAUGGUUUAGUUCGCGUUAGUCCGGAUCACACGGUUGUUUAACGAUGUCACCAAAGCCCUCCAUUCGCUUGCAGUGCAAAGUGAUAUUCAUAUUACAUGUAUCUGAAUAUUUACUGAUGUGUCGUUGUGGAGCGGGACACAUGACGAAUACGCCUGUAAGCGCUGUCGAUACGUGUUCAAGCUGAAAUGCCGGUUACAACAUGCAUGCGGCAGGUAUUUUAUAUUCUGUACAAUUUGUGACACGAGAAGCACCAAUUCGAAUUAUUACAUAACAGCCGGAAUAGAGUGAUGUUGGAGUUCGUUGGAUCUGAAUACCGUAAAAUGAGGUCCAUAAGAGGUGUUCAAAUAUUUGUUAGCGCACGAAUCUUAGAAUUUUAUUAGUGUUAUUCUUACAUAUGUUCUAGCAUCUUUCCAGUUAGCGACAUCAUUCUAGCCAUGAGUAAGAGAAAUGGGAGAAUUAUAUCAUUUAUUAAUGUAAUGACACCAGUUUUUCGUAUUGCCUAAGCACAUAUAUGUGCGCUUUCUUUGAAAAAUCCUGGCCUGGGAUAUCUUUUAACAAAACGAAUUGACCUAGAAACCAACAUUUGACAUUAGGCCGUCUAGACUGCCAUUUUCUUUUGUAAAUAAACCGAACUGAUCCGAUUUAGCUCGCAUUAUGCAUCUUACUAGCAUUGUAUCAUUUCGCCGGUUAAGUUUUUAUACCCUAUAAGUAUCGUACGUUGUGGUCUGAACUCUAUAUAAAGUAUACUUAUGUGAAGUAGCUGUACCAUAGUUGUUUUAAGUCACGGAGCAUCGCAGUAACGUUGGUAAACCGGAGCAGGCACUUUUGCCAAGCAGAACUCUGUACAAAGAUGUCAACCUACGUAAAGUAGGAAUAACAUUCAGACAACAAGCUAACCUAAUAGUAAUAAUAUUGCAAUAAUAAAACUAGAUAUGGUUUUUAAUAUUAGGAGUAAAAUUGACGGUAGCGAUUCCGGCGCAUACGAUAGCCAUAGAAGAUAUUAUAGUGAAGUUCACGAGGUUCUACCCGCAAACCAAACAGGUCUUUCAACUGGUUUUCUGAAUUUAUUAGCGAUCAAUAUCGUGCGUUAGUUGUGCUCCAGUGUUUCCAAAAGCAUUAUAAACUCAUAUCUCAAAUAUAUACGAUAAACCUGGCUGGGAUGAACUUCGACACUAACAUUUAUCUUUUAUGCCCUCUUAGUUUUCGUAGAAUUGUUUUGUAAGAUGAAUGCAAAAAUAAGCCAAAGCAAGUAAUACGUGUCUUUUAUGUUUGAAAAAAUACGUUGUUCAUUGGAACAAUUCUUGGUAUCACACAUACAUGCGUAAUGUAUGCAACAUAGUACGCCGUCCAGUCUAAAAGCUUUAAAGCGAUGGUCAUCAAACUUGUGAAGCUUGUUUACCGAACACGUAGACUAAGCGACCAUUGAUUAGUUUAAAUAGAUUUUUUGUAUUUUUCUUUACUUUAUUUAACUUUACAAUAUUAGUGCCUAGCAGUAGCAUGGCUUUUCUGUUUUCAGAUAGCGCAAUGGAACUAACAGAUUACAUUAAGGUUACCAGGGUGGACAAAGUUUUUCUCUACGAGAGCCACCAGCCACGAAUUGAGGGCACCCUUGUCGUUUCUUCAUACAAUCUCAUCUUUUCUCAGUUAGUAGCUCCUGUGCCUUCGCCAAUAACUGAAGAACACGACUGCCUUAAGCCAAAUAGUAACGAACUAUCAAAAGGCGGUGGGGAAUCGUCACAGCCGCUAGUAAAACCUAAAGAAAUAUGGGUGUUACAUCGAAUGAUCGACGUUGUGGAACACCGUUCGAAUUCCACUAUGCUAUAUCUAAAAUGCAAAGAUCUUCGCUGGUUAAAGCUCGACAUUCCAGGUGUUGACAAUUGUCAAGCAGUUGUAGACUCAAUCAACGUACUCAAAAAACUUACCGGUGAUGAAGUUCGUAUGUGCUAUCCAUUUUACUACAGACCACUGUUCAAGAAUCAUUCCCAAUCCCCAACUCGCGAGAUUCCCGCCCUGCCUUCCAAAGGCCGUUGGCGAGUUAGUAACUUGAACAAGGAUUUUCUGAUAUGUCAGUCAUAUCCCACGACGGUCGUAGUUCCGCAAGAUACGACAGACGAGGAAAUCAUAGAAUCUUCACAGUUCCGCGAGGGAGGUCGUUUUCCGGUAUUAGCGUAUAGCUCUUCAACGACUAGCGCUGUUCUACUACGCAGUGGACAGCCAUUGGUAGGACCGGCCGGGCGUCGUUGUCGAGCCGAUGAAAAUUUGCUCAGCAAUGUAAUAUCAGGAGACAAGAAGGGCUUGAUUAUUGAUUUGCGGAGCGUAAAGCAAAUGGAAGCAGCACGCGCCAAAGGUGGCGGAAUUGAACCCGAGACACACUAUACACUUUGGAAAAAGAUCAACAAGCGGGUUGAGCUCAGCUCGGACGCAUACGUGAAAUUUAUUGAUGCGUGCUGCGACGAAACUUUAUCAACGGAUAAAUGGCUCUCUCGGGUUGAAUCCUCAGGGUGGCUGUCAGCCGUUAAAGACGUAAUGCAGAACGCCUGUCUCACCGCGCAGUGCCUCCACGUCGACGGUGUCUCAGUAUUGGUGCACGGGACAUUGGGUAUAAACUCGACGCUUGCUGUGUCAUCGCUAGCUCAGGUUAUUCUUGAACCCCGUUUACGGACUAUAAAUGGAUUUCAAGAACUAAUAGAGCGUGAAUGGUUAAGUGCGGGUCAUCCGUUCCAAUCGCGAUACGCCAAUGGCCCAUUUUCGUCGAAAGGAAAGGAUAACGCGCCCACCUUUAUUCUGUUUCUCGAUUGUGUCUUUCAGCUGCUUUAUCAGUUUCCGUGUUGUUUCGAGUUUACUGACCACUUCUUGAUACUGUUGAUAUCGCAUGUCUACGCGUCAUCAAUGGGAACAUUCCUUUGUAACUCGUCCAAAGAGCGUGUCCAGUUCAAGGUAAACGAGCUGACAGUUUCGUUGUGGGCCUUUCUCGACCAGGAAGAGGAACGUACACCUCUCUUGAAUCCGCUUUACGAACCGCUCGAUGAAGUUAUUUGGCCAUCAGUAGCGCCGCAAAGCAUCCAGCUAUGGAACGCGUUUUAUUUACGAAAAACGUACGACAACUCACAUGAACGAUUAGCCGAAGAAACGGUCAAACAGAUCGUUGAAGAGGACCGCCAGGCGACGGAUACCGUAAAGGAGCUUCAACAGGAGCUGAAGCGCCUUCAGAGGCUAAAAGAUUUGAGAGACCUUGACCUCUGACAUCGGAUUUUUCUUCACACGACCUUGCUCAGAUAGGUGAUUAAACUGUGGACGAUGAAGAGGUGAAUGAUCACAGCAAAUCAACGAGUCCUGAACUGCCAUUCUGAUCUGGACGUCGUUCAAAACUCAUCGAUAUCGUCACCUCUUACUAAUUUUUGAGGAGAUCCAUUCAUUAGAUAUAUAUUUGCUGUUAUAUAAAACUUUUCUUUUGCACAAUAUAUUUAUUGUUUCGUAUAGAUUUAUAGAAAGAAGGAGCAUCUAAGAAAAGCAUCGACAAUUUAACAUAAUACAUACUUUUCGCAUUAGUCUUCUGAUAUAAAGACUCUCAGCGUCGUGACAAAUCGUAGAGUACUACAUAGUAAUGAAGUAUUAUAAGAAAUAUAAAUGUAUAAAUGAUUUAUAUUUA